AUGCAACCUGCAUCUAGCAAGUCAAUGAGAUUUCCUCUUCGGCCUGGACAGGGUCGCAGUGGCACCCGGUGUAUUGUGAAAGCCAACCACCUUUUUGCUGAGCUGCCUGAUAAGGAUUUGCAUCAGUAUGAUGUAUCUAUUACACCUGAGGUCACAUCCCGUGUUGUCAACCGUGCUGUAAUGGAGCACUUAGUAAAGCUAUAUAAGGAAUCACAUCUUGGACGGAGACUUCCAGCCUAUGAUGGAAGAAAGAGUCUUUACACUGCUGGGCCUCUCCCUUUUGUCUCAAAGGAAUUCAUAAUCAUGCUUAUUGAUGAAGAAGAUGGUCCAGGCGGUGCCAGACGGGAGAGGGAGUUCAAGGUCGUAAUAGAGUUUGCUGCACGUGCUGAUCUGCAUCAUCUAGGGAUGUUUUUACAAGGAAGGCGAGCUGAUGCGCCCCAAGAGGCUCUUCAGGUUUUGGACAUUGUUCUGCGGGAAUUGCCAACCAGCCGGUAUUGUCCUGUUGCUUAUUCACCUGAUUCGGGGAGAAGGCAGGCUCUUGGUGAAGGGCUGGAAAGUUGGCGUGGUUUUUACCAAAGUAUUCGCCCCACUCAGAUGGGAUUGUCACUGAAUAUUGAUAUAUCAUCGACCGCUUUCAUCGAGCCACUCCCUGUGAUUGACUUUGUCACACAGCUUCUGGAUAGGGAUGUUUCAUCCAGACCAUUGUCUGAUGCUGAUCAUGUGAAGAUCAAGAAAGUACUUAGGGGAGUAAAGGUUGAGGUUACACAUCGAGGAAACAUGCGCAGGAAAUACCGCAUCUCUGGUUUGACGUCACAGGCUACUUAA